CCAGAGUUCUCCAAUUGAUCGCUCGCCACUUUCCCUGUUGCGAAAAGUGGACAAAAGCCGUUCCAGUACUCACGGCUGACGCUAGAGUGUCGACGAACGACAGCGCAAGCUCCUGAGUGGUGGGAUUUGUUUUGUUUGGACUUCAUUUCUGUAGUGCCGCUCCUGUCCAGUUCCGAUUCUGAAGAAAUCUGCUUUCAAGCCAAGGCGAGCAAGCAAUUGUGUGCGUUCUCCUUACGUGCUUUUACACCGAAAGAUACUUAUUCAACACUAUGAGUAAUCCGCGCCAGGACGACUCCAAAGAAUCAAACAUGAUCUUCGAUAGUCCGACCGGACUCGCAUCGGCCCGCAUUGGCCGACGCGGGGUCAGCCCACGGCCCACUUCGCCGUUGAGUUCCGAUUCUUCGACGGCGUCGGCCACGUCGCGACGGUCCACAUCCAUGAUCCGCUCGCCACAAGAUGCGGAACUUUUCCACCAAAUGGGUGCGGCCACGGGUGUUAGCAUCGGUAGGAAGAACAAGAAUAAGGUGCGCGUAACGUCCCCGCUACAUUCGCCCGCUUCGCCUGCGGUAUCAAACGCCAAUAUGACGGAAACUACGGGACUUCAAAAAGGGGGCGCUCUAGACUACAUAAUGCGAUCUUUUUCUCCAAAGAGUACGCCGGACAAGGAGGAGCUGCAUCAGUCUACCAACGAUCAAGGCGAGCCUAUCAUGGACCCCGGUUUCAAGCUCAAUGUUCCUUCCUUGUUGGGAACCCAUCGCCCGGAGGAAAGCAAACCCACAGAGGUAGCCAAAGUUCCACAUUUCUUUUCCAACCAGAACCUUAACGCACGCACCAUUCCCAAAACGCACCAGUACAAACCUACAGGGCAAGCGCAACUUAGUUCACCAGUGGAAGAAAAACCCAACAAUUCCCUUCUCAAUGAAUGUCCCAAUGUGUAUACGGGAACAUCCCAAGGAACUUCUGCCAAGCAAUCGCAAGAAUCCGAUGCAAUCGAUGCGAAGGGUCCUUUACGGAUUUGUCCGCAAGACGCCGCUUCGCACUCUGGUUCAGCUCAAACGGGAGUAUCGAGCCGAUCAACGCUGGAUCUAAAAAACAACGACAAUUCUUUUCACGUUCUAGCCAACCUGAUGGUUGACUUGUUGCAUCCCAAGAUUAACGAUAGCAGAGAACUCGUUUUGCUGCCGGAGGAUCGUCAACGGAUCGAACGACUUUUGCCACCAUCAGCUCGCAUCAAUUUUAUUCAAGCUGUUCAGCAUCGCCUGAACACGAUGCCGGCCAAUCCCACGACUCCUUUGCAAUUUUUGACGCUGCAAUGUAAAGAACUGUGCUUAGACCAAGAAGGAAGCAGGAAUCCAAUUCUGGCUUCCAUGGCUCUAACGGGACAGCCAGUCUAUAUUUUUGUUGGAGAUUGUCAGAAAAAGGGAGCACGCAACACAGACAUGCGAUCGGAGAAAAGUGAAAACAUUGAUGACAUUAUGGCGAUGCGCACCGCAGAAUCAUCAGUUUUAAAUGAAACUGUUGAAGCUACGCCUACGCAUCAUCAACCACUACAAACCGAUGAGACUCCUGGACCCAUAUUCGAAAAAACUCAGCAGCACCCUAUGCAGCCACAGCGAGCUCCGUCUAUCAUGAAUCCUUUUGCAACGGUUGGGUCGGCAGCUUUUGUCUCUCAAGCAGUCGUCAAGGAAUCCCCCAUUCUCCCGAAGCGAAGUCGUGCUACGCCACCAGAAUUGAAAGUAAACCCUCGAGAUGGCACACUCGACACAGAAGUCUUGGCUCGUCAGCAACUGCUUGCUGAACUUCGAGAGGCUUCUACACUUAUGGCCGAAUCGAAAACUCCCGAAACCGCCUCAUUUUGGCGGGAUCAUGUCCUCGACCUUCAGGCUCGCCUCCGCGCUCUACACAGAGAGUCUCCUACUGCUGCAAUUGUAAACCCACAGUCCGCCCAGAAACUUCUAGACCAAAGUUGUCAAUAUGUUCCACCUGCGAGGACAUCAAACGGAAAACCAUUGAUUCAAACCUUUCCAGGCAGCAAUGUUUACCCAUCCCAAGCGCAUGGAAAGCAACGACUGCCCAUGGUCGAUGUAGUGUCACCGGCGGAUUUACCCAGUGGUUAUUGCUUUGAGGCUGAAAUGGCUGGGAAACGCUUCCUUGCUACAGUUCCUUCUAGCGGUGUGCAACAAGGCGAGACGUUCACUUGUGCUAUGCGAGAUCUCAGUAGUGUAGACAUUGAUAUCCCGAUAGGGCAUUGGAAAGACAAGAUGUAUGACGUUUGCAAGCAUGGGUGUUUUCACGCGGCUGUGUGGAAUUCGACUUUUUGUCCACUUCUGGCUCUGAGUCAAAUUGAGACUCGCUUGAAUCUAGAUUUCCUUGGACGACCGGAACACACCCAAGGCGGACUCUCCAAUCGUACUACAAUGGUUAUUGUCACUCUGUUCUGGCUGUGCAUGAAUGGCGUCUUGUUCGCUGGAUUCGACUACAAGUGGAGUCAGCGCAUGGAGUUAUCGUAUGCUGAUUGGUCUGCCCUUGCGUUGGUGAAUCUCUCGAUGUUCGGUUUUGUUGUUUUCGUGUCUCAGUCGACACGAAGCAGCCUUCGUGAAAGGUUUAUGAUUCGCGAACAGCGCUGCUACGAUCUAGAAGAUCUUUGGUGUUCGACUUUCUGCUUACCGUGUGCAAUUUCUCAAAUGCAUCGCCAUACUGCCAACUACGACGACUACGAAGCAAUUUGCUGCUCAAAGAAUGGCCUACCACAUGGCGUUCGUCUGAAAAGCAAAGUAGAGCCCCCUCAAGAUGGCUCUUCCUAUCUUGUUUAG